AUGUUUUAUAACAAAUCAGUCAUCUUAUUUAUUUUAUUGAUUUGCCGAAUAAAAUAUAGCGGCUUUAAAUUCACCUCGUCAAACAGUGAGCCUACAUGUGCACUAGCAGAACCUCCAGUCGAUUUAAACACUGGUUCAUUAGAUCAACUUGUUAAUGGAAUUUUAAAAAGUCUUUUCGUUGAACAAUCUGUUAUACAACUUGAUCAAUCGACUGAAAUAUUUCCUGGUUUUGAAAUUAGUAAAAUAUCAGUCUAUGGUUUAAAUUCUAUCCAACUUUCAUGUCCAAUUAAAUUAAUUACAAGAGAUAAACUUGGAUGUUAUUAUAGAGGCUUAAUAUUGGAUACAUGUUUAGGGUUUGAAAACUUACAACUGAAUUUUUCUAUAAAAACUAUUCUACCAGGAUUUGAACAAGAAGAUCUUCAUUUAACGGUGUAUUCAAUCUCAGUGAAAAUUAUCAUGGAAUUAUUAUCAUACUCAAGGAAAACUGAGUUUUCACCAAAAUACGCCUCAUCCUCACUCUUACCAGCACCAUCAUCGUCGUCAUUGUUAUCGGCAUCGAAUCAUAUCUCAUCCAAUGUGUUACAGUCAUCAUCAAUUGGCAGAUUACUUCACUUUCGGACAAUUCGUUUAAAGUCACUCAAGCUAAAAUCACAUGAACAAUCCUAUUGGAAGUCAUUCUUUUUAUGGUUCAUUAAUUUCUUUAUUAAUUCAAUUAAGGGCUUAUUAAUAAAACGUUUAGAUCGUAUUAUUAUCAAUGUAUUGAAUGAUCAGAUAAUGGAUUUACAUUUAACACCAUUAUUUAUAUCUAAUGAUAAUAGAAUAACAUCAAUUAAUGAAGAUGUUCAAAAGUCAAUACAGACAGCAGAUUCAAACGAGAAACAGUUGGUUGUCAAAUCUAAAAGUAUGCUAGCCUCACCUAUUGUUGGCUAGUGUCUUAAAUAUUGUGUGUAUUUAGGCUGGCGGCAAAUGAAAUAAGUCUUCAAAAGACACUAGAUUGUGAGUGAACUAGUGUUUGUACAUAUUUAUUCUUAUGCAUUUGAGUAGCCUAGCUACAUAUCUCAUACAGUCAGCCUAUAUAUAUAUAUAUAUAUAUA